AUGGCUUUAAUUAUGAAAAGAGAAGAACAAGAGCGUAAUGGUGAACCUCAAAUUGAAGUUUAUCCGAGGAAAGAUUCGUUUUCAGUCGAGUAUGACAGAAAUUUCUGGAAAAAGGUUCAUCAAAAGCAGAAUGAAGGUUUUUCAUGGACAAGAGCAAUGGAUGAUGUUUGUGUCGAAUGUAUGAUCCAGAAAUACAAGGACAGUGGACAAAUGGCUCGUGAAGAUCCUGCACUGCUGAUGUUAAAACAAUGGCCAGCUGCUAAACAGUACAAAAAUAAUCCUGAAGAUCUCUCAGGCCUUGAACAGAUGGUGAAUCGUUAUUUGGAGGUUCUUUUAGACAGUGAAGUGAAUUCAGAUAACAGAUAUGAGACUUUCAGAGAUAAAACAGACAGGAGAAAGAAGACAUUGCUGCACUAUGCUGCAGAACUUGGAUUUUUACAUGUCACAAAAACACUUGUAAAAAGAUAUCCUUUGCUGCUAAGUAUGAAGACAGUGGAACCUGUUAAGACAAAGAGGGGCCUGGUACCACUUGAUUUGGCAUUAUUGGCAGAGAAUGACAAUGUGGCAGCAUAUUUGGUUCAAAUGAUGCACCUUGAAAGUGUUCAAAGUUUAUUUUCUUGGAGACCAGAAGAUUCUGCAAAUCCUCAACCGUCUUUCUUUAGUUUCAAGUCCAUAGUUGAGAACCCAAAUAUGAAGAAAACAGUAGUGGCUGUGCUUGACCAGAUGGUGAAUCCUCACUGGCCUUACCUUCCUAAACUUAAAGAAACCUAUCAAACUGAUGAAGAGAUGGAAGGAAUUGAAGGGGCUUGGCGUACAAUAACAGAUGAUCCUCUAGAGUAUCAUUUUUGUUAUCAUAUUUUGGAUGGAGAUGAAGGAGGACGACCCCCAUUGCUUUUGCAGUCAAAUGGAGAAGUCCAGACCAUUAAUGAACAUUUUAACCCAAGAGACAAGUCUUGUCUACAUGUUAUUGCAAAGAGCAAAAAUAUGGAGGCAUUACAACAUCCUGUGGUCAGAAUGCUGGUUAAGACCAAAUGGAAAAGCUAUGGACGCUUUUUUCUGAGCCUUCAAGCAGCUUUGUAUGUCAUCUUCUUGCUGUUCCUGUCAUAUUCUUUGCUUCAUGCCUCUACAAAACUGGACCCUACCCAGUACAGGGAUGCAGGAGACUCAUUCCGUGGAUUUUGUGAGAUCGUCUCCCUUGUUGUGGUUACCUUUUACUUCGGUGAAGAAAUCAAUCAAAUGUGUAUAGAGAGGCAGUCAUACUUCAUGGAGUGGAUGACCCUGUUUGAUUGGUUAGGCCUAUUGCUGGUCCUUUGUAUCAUACCCCUGCGGUACGCUGGUAGCAAAGCUCAGUGGACGAUAGCAUCUCUAGCUAUAUUGUUCAAUUUCCUAAGGAUAUUUAAGUUUUCGUCAGUGACAAGGACCACAGGCUUGUAUACGAAAACUUUGGCUAAGAUCAUCCAGCAAGAUCUGACACGAUUUAUGGCAGUUUUCGCCGUGGUCUUCCUUCCUUUCUGUGGAGCUUUGUUUUUAUCUCUCCGUUGCUCUGGACAAAAUCAUCAAUUUAGUGGCAUAGGAGACGUGUUCCUCAGCGGUCUUCGAGCGUUGUCUGAUCAACGACCCAUUGCGGAAGAUUAUUCAAACUUCAACUGGCUCUCCAUUCUGUUAAUGCUGGCGUACAUGGGAACUGUACUUGUGAUUUUACUCAACAUACUCAUAGCGCAGAUGAGCACGACCUACAUUCAGGCCAAGAAAGUCGCCCGUGUGGAGUAUGAUGUGGAUCGUAUUUUACAGCUCACUCGCAUGGAGAGAUUUCCUUUUCUGAAUUUGCGCGUAAAGUACUACAAGGAAGGAGAAUGGAUCAGUGAAAAGAAACUUGCGGAAGAGCUUCUAGAAUUUAGUGAAGAUCGGAAUCCUUGGGAAUCAGUGGAAGAAAAACUUAAUGCGAUAAGAGAUAUGAUGCGAACGAUGGUAAAACAGAUGAGGCCUGGAAGAAAAUGA